AUGGCACCGCCUCUGCGGCGUCUUCUAGGUAUCACCAACGUCCCGCUGAGCGAGAUUGUUGCCCACUGGCGCGGGCGCCUGCGAAGCCACGUGCUGCGCCUGAAGCAAGACGCCCCGGCCAACGUUGCCACCGCCCGCUUCUUUGCCCCGCCCGAAUCGCGCCAGUUUGAGGUCGACGAUAACGUGUAA